ACAUGGAUCGCGAAAUUAAAACACCAGUUGUCCAAACGUGCACGUCCCAACAGCUUCGACGAAAAGCCCUUCGUACUGAAAUGACUCUCCAACAACUUUUAGAUCAAGGCCGAGCUUACGAACUAUCACACCAACAAGCUCAGGAAAUGGAAAAUAACAACACAGAAUCAGUCAACCAGAUGAAAACUGCUCCAACACGAAAUUACUUUUCGAAGAACUUCAACUCACAACGUCAACGACAAAAACAAGAAUCAACGAAACUAUGUUAUUUUUGCAGCAAACCCUAUCCUCAUCCUGGCGUAUGUCCAGCAAAAGGGAAAACGUGUCGACUUUGCGGGAAGUUGAAUCACUUUGCCGUCACAUGCCGUUCAUCUCCACAAAAACAACAACAUCGCCACCAUGAAAGUGACAAAUGUCAGACGGUUAAAUAUGUAAACGAAGAAAACGCAAGUGACAUUACCAGUAAACACCCCGAGUCGGAUGAAUAUACGUUUAUGGUGCAAGAUGCAGACGAAAAUACCAAACAUCCAAUGGUUAACUUACGGAUUUAAGACCUGGCCAAAGUUAAAUUUAUUAUUGACACUGGAGCGACAGUUAAUUUACUCGAAGAAAAGGAUUUUGAAGCCCUCAAACCGGAAAUAAAAUUGCAACACAGUUCUAUCAACAUCUACCCCUACAAGUCCGACAAACUCCUCCGUGUCCUUGGAAAGCUUACUGCUACUGUAUACGUAGAAUCGCGUAAACGAAUUGAUGCUGCCGAGUUUUUUGUCGUUAGCAACAACGGUCGCCUUGGAGGUUCUUUGUUAUCCUACAAUACUGCAAAGCAUCUUGGUUUGAUUGCAAUUACUAACGCUGUGGACACUGCUAAGAACACAACUGUAUCCUGCAAUGUUGCAAUACCUGAGGAAUUAUUCAAUGGCGUUGGAAAAUUAAAAGAUCAUAAGGUGAAGCUACAUAUUGACGAAUCAAUUCCGCCAGUUGCUCAAACCCAUCGGCGGAUACCAUUCCAUCUACGGAAACAGGUGGAGAAAAAGCUUGAAGAAAUGGAAAAGGAUGACAUCAUUGAGAAAACAGAAGGUCCAACGCCCUGA